UUACGUGAAGAUCAGAUCUGGCGAUCCGCGCACAGCCGGCCGAAUAUUUUGGCCGGCGGGCCGGCGCAGAGAAUCGCCCUUUAUUUAGUUAGCUCGCGGUGCCCACUGCCCACACAGCAACACUUACGCCAACACCAAGCACCAAGCCUCUUCCUGUUUUAUUUUGCUCCACCGAUCCGUUGCGAGCAGAUGGAAAUGGAAGCAGCGGAUGCCGGCGCCGGCGAGCUGGAGGUGGUUGUGUUCCCGUGGCUGGCAUUCGGGCACAUGAUCCCGUUCCUGGAGCUCUCCAAGCACCUCGCGGCCAGAGGCCACGCCGUGGCCUUCGUGUCCACGCCCCGGAAUCUCGCCAGGCUCCCGCCCGUUCCGGCCGGUCUUUCCACCCGCCUCCGGUUCGUGCCGCUGCCGCUGCCCGCCGUGGAGGGGCUGCCGGAGGGCGCCGAGGCCACGUCUGACCUGCCGCCAGACAAGGUCGGGCUCCUCAAGAAGGCCAUGGACGGCCUCGCCGACCCACUCGCGGCAUUCCUCGCCGCCGGAAGGAGGCCCGACUGGAUCCUCCACGACUUCUGCCACCACUGGGUCCCUCCCAUCGCCGACCAGCACAAGGUGGCGUCCGCCACGUUCCUCAUCUUCCAGGCCGCCUUCUUGGUCUUCGUGGGGCCACGGUGGGCAAACACCGCACACCCGCGCACGGAGCCGGAGCACUUCGCCGAGGCACCCAGGUGGAUUCCCUUCCCGUCCACCACCUUCUUCCGCCGCCACGAGACUCAGUGGAUCACCGACGCCUUCCGUACCAAUGCAUCUGGCGUGUCCGACAUGGACCGCUGGUGGCAGGUCUUGGAGCACAGCCGCCUCACCAUCCACCGGAGCUGUGAGGAAUUAGAACCCCGGAUGUUCGGCCUCCUAUCCGAUCUCUUCCGGAAGCCCGCUGUGCCCGCCGGGAUCCUGCUGCCGGGGGCGUCCGACGGCCUUGACGAAGACCACUGGCAGAGCACCUCAGGCGGCGUCGCCCGUCCGCAGGUUCUGCGAUGGCUCGACGACCAGCCUCCCAAGUCUGUCAUCUACAUUGCGCUGGGAAGCGAGGCGCCGCUGACGCCAGAGAACGCCCAUGAACUUGCGCUCGGUCUGGAGCUCGCCGGUGUGCGCUUCCUCUGGGCACUGCGCAAGCCGGCAGGCACCGGCAGCGACGAUGAGCUUCUGUUGCCGGCCGGGUUCGAAGAGCGGACGCGGGACCGCGGGGUGGUUUGCACGGGGUGGGUGCCGCAGGUGGAGGCACUGGCGCACUGCGCCACGGGCGCGUUCUUGUCGCACUGUGGCUGGGGCUCCACCAUCGAGAGCCUCUCCAUCGGGAUCCCGCUGGUCAUGCUCCCGUUCGUCGUCGACCAGCCCUUGAUCGCGCGGGCGAUGGCUGAGAGAGGGAUCGGCGUGGAGGUGGCGAGAGAUGAGAACGACGGUUCGUUUGACAGGGACGGCGUUGCGGUGGCGGUGCGGCGCGUCAUGGUGGAGGAGCAGGGAAAGGUGUUCGCGACCAACGUGAAGAAGCUGCAAGAGAUUCUAGUGGACCAGAGACGCCAAGAGCACUACAUCGACGAGCUCGAGGAGCACCUGAGACGCUACAGAGACGUCUAAUAUACUCCGUAAUGAGUAAUGCUACACGUACAAAGGCUUACGUAAAGAUUUUAUGUACAAACUGAUGUGUAAGAUUAUGAUUAGUAAUUGAGGUAUGAGGGGGCUCCACCCCCACUAAAAA